UUUUAAAAAUUAUGGGGGGAUAUUAAAUUCUAUAUGGCUUCUUAUAAGAAGAUUGAAAAGAGGAAAAUGGAAUGAAAAAAAAUUAAAAAAAAAUGAGGAAGGAAGCACUGCAAAAAUAUAUAGAAAAGAAUAUUUCCGGUGUUCACUUAAAUUAAAUGAGCAUUUUAAAAAUAUAACAUGGCUAUUAUAUUUUUUAUUAAAAAAUAAAGGGUCCCAGUUAUCUCUGCAAAAAUUAUUUUUGAAUCAAAUUGCAAAAAAUAAAUUCAGAAAAGAAAAAAAACUGUUUGGUUAGCAUGAGAAGACUAAAGAAUAAACAAGAAAAGCUACAUAAGGGUCCGGUAAUUUUAAACAAAAGGGUCAUAGUUCAAGUAAGACUGAAGGUCCUCGGUAAUUCUGAACAAAAAAGAAGGUCACUGGGUAAUAGUGAUGUUUGGAAGUUAAAAAAAGCCGAGAGUCUGGACCGAGAAUUAAACUCGAGACUGAGACCGAGAGCUCAAAAAGCCCGAGAAAUUUCCCAAGUCGGGAACCGAGACCGAGUCUCGAAUAUCACUAGUGUUGAGCUCCGGAGACUUGUCAGAUCUUGCACUAGUUAGUACCUAAGUCAGUACCUAGGCAGUACCAGUCAGUACCUAGUCAGUACCCAUCUCAAUUUUCUAUACUGCACAAAUCUUUAAAAGAAAAAAUUAUUUCAAGUGGUUCCAGUGUAAUGGGUGGGGGUGCCAGCAGAUACAGGUCCACAAACAAGGCUCUCGCCGGAUAUUUUUCUUCUAUACCAGCAGAUACAAUUAUAACAUUAAGCCCCUAUCAAUCGCCAGGCAUUGCUCUC